UCCUUCACAACUCUCUAGCUUUUUCAUUUCUUCUUCUUAAUUCCUCCUCGUCAGAUCUCUCUACUCUUUCAUCACCUCUCUAUAUAUACAGAAACAGUUCUUUCUUUGAGCCUUUAUUUAUAUAUAUAUAUAUAUCUUGGUUUGCGUUUUAUAUAAUAGUUCCAGUACUGCUGAAAGUUCAUCGACGAUCAUGGCGGCUUGCUUAAAUGUCUGCAACAAGGGUGCCGUGGACGGAAAGGUCAAACGGGGGCAAGAGGUUUGUACACUUGAUGGAACCGUUGAUCGGCACGGCCGCCCUGCAGUCCGAGAGAGAACUGGUACUUGGGUUGCUGGAAGUUUGAUCCUAGUGAAUCAAGGGCUGGCUACAUUGGCAUUCUUUGGAGUAGGAGUGAACUUGGUUUUGUUUUUGACGAGGGUGUUGGGUCAAGACAACGCUGAUGCAGCUAACAAUGUCAGCAAAUGGACAGGAACUGUUUACCUUUUCUCUCUUGUUGGGGCCUUCCUGAGUGACUCUUACUUGGGAAGGUACAAGACUUGUGUCAUCUUCCAAACCAUCUUUGUCCUCGGGCUUGUUUCACUAUCACUAUCAACAUACUUAUUCUUACUCGAGCCUAGUGGUUGUGGUAAUGAACAAUCUCCUUGUGGAUCCCAUUCAGGCUUCCAUAUGGCUCUGUUCUACCUCUCAAUAUACUUGAUUGCCCUAGGAAACGGAGGUUACCAACCUAACAUAGCCACAUUUGGGGCAGAUCAGUUUGAUGAAGAGGACCCUAAUGAAGGGAACUCCAAAAUAGCCUUCUUUAGCUACUUCUACUUGGCUUUGAACUUGGGUUCUCUCUUUUCAAACACUGUUUUGGGCUAUUUUGAGGAUGAAGGAAUAUGGGCAUUAGGAUUUUGGGCAUCAGCUGGCUCUGCUACUCUGGCAUUGGUCUUGUUUCUGUCGGGCACCCCAUGGUACAGGCAUUUCAAACCUAAAGGCAACCCUCUCUCUAGGUGUUGCCAAGUGCUGGUAGCUGCCACAAGAAAAUGGAAGGUUAAGCUGAUGCCAAGGGAAGAAGAUUUGUUUGAAUUAGAAGUAAAUGAUCAAUCUUCCAAGAAUGGGGAUAGAAAGAUACUUCACACUCAAGGCUUCAAAUUCUUAGAUAGAGCAGCAGUUAUCACUUCAGAGAACAUCCACCAGAUGGACAAAGAAACUUAUAAUCCAUGGUAUCUUUGCACUGUGACACAAGUUGAAGAGUUGAAAUGCGUUUUACGACUGCUUCCAAUAUGGCUAUGCACGAUUCUCUAUUCGGUAGUUUUCACUCAAAUGGCAUCUCUAUUCGUGGAACAAGGUGCUGCCAUGAAAACCACCCUUUCGGGCUUCCACGUUCCUCCAGCAAGCAUGUCUAGUUUUGACAUCCUCAGUGUAGCAGCUUUCAUAUUCAUCUACAGGCGGGUUCUCGAACCUCUUUUUGCCAUGAGGAAGCGCAAUGGUAAAGGGUUAACCGAGCUUCGGAGGAUGGGAAUCGGCCUUGUCAUAGCAAUAUUAGCGAUGGUUGCAGCUGGGGUUGUGGAGUGUUUCAGAUUAAACAAUGCAACGACAGAUUGCAGCAACUGUGAAGGCUCAAGCUCAAUGAGCAUCUUUUGGCAAAUUCCCCAAUAUGUGCUUGUAGGAGCAUCUGAGGUUUUCAUGUAUGUUGGGCAGCUAGAGUUCUUCAAUGGGCAGGCUCCUGAUGGAUUAAAGAGCUUUGGAAGUGCUCUCUGCAUGACAUCCAUAUCACUAGGCAACUAUGUGAGCAGUUUGCUGGUGACAAUUGUCAUGAAAAUCUCAACCAGAGAUGACAUGCCUGGUUGGAUCCCAAGUAACCUUAACAGAGGACAUUUAGACCUGUUCUUCUUCCUCUUAGCAGCUUUGACAACAGCCGAUCUCAUGAUCUACAUUGUCUGUGCAAAGUGGUAUAAGUAUAUCAAGUUUGAAGGAAAGAAUGGAGACAACAUUAAUGCCUGCAAGCAAGCUGAGCUUGGAGUGGUAUAGGAUAUGGCGAUUUCCAUGUUAUGGUGAAUGCUUUGUAAUAAUUCAAGACAUAAAGUUGAAGAACUGGGCAAGAGAGUGACUUUUGCAAUGAAACUAGAGAAAUUUAGGAAUAAUUUCUAAUUUCUCUUCAGUUGAGCUAAGGGUGUGGUUUUUGUAGGAAGUAGAGUGCUUCUGUAAUAUACAAAUUCUCAAGCAAAGCAUUGAUAUAUGCAACUCCCCAUGUGUGAUGAAAGACCCUUGUCACUGCACUGCAUCUUUUAUCCUUUUUAUGUAAACUUCCAUGUACUUGCAAAAUAUUAGUAAGAAAAAUAAUUUUGAAUUUGUUAUUUUUAAUCA